CUGGCCCAAGCCCACUCGUUUUUCUAACUUUCAGCAUGUCCUUUGGCUUCCUCGAAGCUUUUGAAGUUGCCGGCAGCGUGCCCAAGGUGCCGCAGACCGUGGAUGAAAGCCUUGCCCGACGUUUGGCUGGAGACAGUAGCUACAUAAAUGGGCUCUUAACAAGCGUUGCAAUCUUUGCCGUGGUGGUGGGCAUUGGCUUGGCAAUCAAACUCUUUUAUCGUCAGCAGAAACCGACCGAUGAACACUCUUCGUCGCCCGUGCACCGGUCACAAGGCCGUGCUGCAGCAGAAACUGUGGGCCGACGAGAUGUCGCCGAACGUGAGCCACCGGUGGCGCCUCUUCCAGCACCUGUGGCGCCUCCACCAAAGCCGCCACCAAGUUCCAUAGAGACCAAGAGAUCCAAAGCAUUAGAAGCCUUUAGGAGGUUAGAUCGAGAUGACAACGGUUUUAUCUCUCGUUUAGAGUUGCAGUCAGUGCUGGAUCAUCUACCGCACAACAUCGCUGAUGCAGUGUUUCAAGCAGUUGACAAAGAUGGUGAUGGUCGGAUCUCAUUUCAAGAGUUCGAAGAGAAAUUUUAUCCAAUGAUCUUUGAUCCAAGCGGACCACCUCAAAUCGAUUGGGAAGGAUCGUGGCUAAUGGAGUGGCCAGGUGGUGAGCAUUUUGUGUCAACCAUUGUUUGUGGCCGGUUCAAUGCGGUGCAUUUGCAUCAAGUGUUUCACUUGCAAACAGAGCACGAUCCGCCGCAAUUCGUGUGGCGAGAUGGCACGGUGCAGCAACUAGUACUAGAGAGCUCAGAGGAAAGAAAGCUCAAAUGGAGGUUGGACCAGAAAAGGUGCAGAGGCCAGUACCUGCAUUGGGUAAGGAUCCCGCAUUGUAAGAUCAACAGAGCUCAUACCAUGGACCUAGCAAAGGAGAAGUGUGACUACGUGUGCAAACAAUGCGAAAUGUCAAGAAGCAAUGGAUGGUUCUGGCGAUGCUCUUCAUGCCAUGAUUCAGUCCAAUCUUCACUUUGCCCGGUUUGCGCAGCAGUGCCCCCGGAACCUGAACAUGUUGUGUUCGGCAUCAGUGCAACCUAUGUUCUUGGGAACUUUCCAGACCUAGCUCAAUUGGCCACUAAGGAAGAGAAUCCGAACUUCUACAGGAUGGCCGAUGUAUUGGCUAAAGGAGAAAGAGGCCUUGGCUACCGAAAGAUUUGCCCCCGGGAUGGAAAGCCCGGUUGCAGCAUAGUUGAUGCUGUGGACGAGCGCCACAGGGGCAAAGUGACCCAUUUUGUGUCAUGGUGUUGGCAAUACACACUCAAUGAUUUUGUGAGUGCAAUUGGAGCUUGGGUGCGAGAAGAGGGUGUCAACCCAGAUGAUGUCUUCCUGUGGGUGUGCUUUUUUUGCAACAAUCAGUACCGGAUCCUGGAAGCAAAGACUCAAACUGGAUCGGAUGAGCUGAAGACUGUUUUCGAGAGCCACUUGGCUGAGGCAGGCCGGAUGCUGCUUCUCCUGGAUAGUUUCGUGAACCCCGCGUACAUCAAGAGAGCCUGGUGCAUAUUCGAGGCCUAUGUUUGCAUUGACAACAACUUCCCCAUGACCAUCAUUUUGCCUGAGCGCGCUGAGAGUGAGUUUGACCGGGUCCUGGACACCAAGGGUGGCAUCAGAAAGCUUCAAGCCCAGUUCGAAGCCUUGAAUGUGCGGGAUGCCGAAGCUUCCAACAAGAAAGACGAGGAAAUGAUCAAAUUUCUGAUUUGUGACAAAAUAGGCUUUGUCAAAUUGAAUGAAACCGUUAAGAGCUGCCUGUCAGACUGGUUAGGCGAAAAGUUUCGGUACAAAGUCUGUAGGACUAGGCGGUAAGACUAACCUGACCUGGUAGCUUGCAUGUUGGCUGCAUCAGUUAUUGUCACCUGAACCUUGAGACACAAGAUCUCAAAGUUCCUUGGAGCGCACUCCAAUUUGCAAGGCGUUUGCAGAAA